AUGGAAGAGAGCACGGUGUUUUUGGAAGUAGAAGACCAUGUGGCAUUUUUAAUAACAGUUCCCACUGCCCUGGCAAUUUUCUUUGCCAUAUUCAUCCUUGUCUGCAUCGAGUCUGUGUUCAAGAAGCUGCUCCGCGUGUUCUCGGUGGUGAUUUGGAUAUGUCUGGUUGCCAUGGGAUACCUGUUCAUGUGCUUUGGAGGUACCGUGUCUGCCUGGGACCAGGUGUCGUUCUUCCUCUUUAUCAUCUUUGUGGUGUACACCAUGCUUCCCUUCAACAUGCGAGAUGCCGUCAUUGCCAGCGUCCUCACCUCCUCAUCCCACACCAUAGUACUGAGUGUCUACCUGUCUGCGACCCCAGGAGCCAAGGAGCACCUGUCCUGGCAGAUCCUGGCCAAUGUGAUCAUUUUCAUCUGUGGGAACUUGGCAGGAGCCUACCACAAGCACCUCAUGGAACUUGCCCUGCAGCAAACCUACCGGGACACAUGUAAUUGCAUCAAGUCCCGGAUCAAGCUGGAGUUUGAAAAACGGCAGCAGGAGCGGCUUCUACUUUCCUUGCUGCCGGCUCACAUAGCCAUGGAGAUGAAGGCUGAGAUCAUCCAGAGGCUGCAGGGCCCCAAGGCAGGCCAGAUGGAAAACACUAACAACUUUCAUAACCUGUAUGUCAAACGGCACACCAACGUGAGCAUCUUAUACGCUGACAUCGUUGGGUUCACCCGUCUUGCAAGUGACUGCUCCCCUGGGGAACUGGUCCACAUGCUGAAUGAACUCUUCGGGAAGUUUGACCAAAUCGCAAAGGAGAACGAAUGCAUGAGAAUUAAAAUUUUAGGAGACUGCUAUUACUGUGUUUCCGGACUCCCUAUAUCUCUCCCUAACCAUGCCAAGAACUGUGUGAAAAUGGGAUUGGAUAUGUGUGAAGCCAUAAAGAAAGUGAGGGAUGCUACAGGGGUUGAUAUCAACAUGCGUGUAGGAGUGCAUUCUGGGAAUGUCCUGUGUGGCGUGAUUGGUCUCCAGAAGUGGCAGUAUGAUGUAUGGUCUCAUGACGUUACUUUGGCCAACCACAUGGAAGCUGGAGGAGUCCCCGGGCGUGUUCACAUUUCUUCAGUCACUCUGGAGCACUUGAAUGGGGCUUACAAAGUGGAGGAAGGAGACGGUGAAAUAAGAGACCCAUAUUUAAAACAACACUUGGUGAAAACCUACUUCGUAAUCAACCCCAAGGGAGAGCGACGGAGCCCCCAGCACCUCUUCAGACCUCGCCACACCCUAGAUGGAGCCAAGAUGAGAGCAUCUGUUCGCAUGACCCGCUACUUGGAGUCCUGGGGAGCAGCCAAGCCCUUUGCCCAUCUGCACCACAGGGACAGUAUGACCACAGAGAACGGGAAGAUUAGCACCACGGAUGUGCCAAUGGGGCAGCAUAAUUUUCAAAACCGCACCUUAAGAACCAAGUCGCAGAAGAAAAGAUUCGAAGAGGAGCUGAAUGAAAGGAUGAUCCAAGCAAUUGAUGGGAUCAACGCACAAAAGCAAUGGCUCAAGUCUGAAGACAUUCAGAGAAUCUCCCUGCUUUUCUAUAACAAGAAUAUAGAAAAAGAAUACCGAGCCACCGCACUGCCAGCAUUCAAGUACUAUGUGACCUGCGCCUGCCUCAUCUUUCUCUGCAUCUUCAUCGUACAGAUUCUUGUGUUGCCAAAAACGUCCACCCUUGGCCUCUCCUUCGGAGCUGCGUUUCUCUCCCUCAUCUUCAUCCUCUUUGUCUGCUUCGCUGGACAGCUUUUGCAAUGUAGCAAGAAAGCCUCUGCCUCUCUCAUGUGGCUUCUGAAAUCAUCAGGCAUCAUCGCCAACCGCCCAUGGCCACGGAUCUCCCUCACGAUUGUCACCACAACCAUCAUACUAACCAUGGCUGUGUUCAACAUGUUUUUCCUGAGUGACUCUGAGGAGACAGCCCUUCCAACUGCCAAUAUGUCAAAUGCAAACUUUUCUGUCUCAGAAAACCAGGCAGCGAUUCUCCGUGCUCGAAGCUUGUUUUUCCUCCCGUACUUCAUAUACAGCUGUGUCCUGGGCUUGAUCGCCUGCUCUGUUUUCCUGAGGGUGAACUACGAGUUAAAAAUGUUGAUCAUGAUGGUGGCACUCGUGGGCUACAACACCAUUCUGCUCCACACCCACGCCCACAUCCUGGAUGCGUACAGCCAGGUCCUGUUUCAGAGACCAGGCAUUUGGAAAGACCUGAAGACCAUGGGCUCCGUGUCCCUCUCUAUAUUCUUCAUCACACUGCUCGUUCUGGGUAGACAGAGUGAAUAUUACUGUAGGUUAGACUUCUUAUGGAAGAACAAAUUCAAAAAAGAGCGGGAGGAGAUAGAAACCAUGGAGAACCUGAACCGAGUGCUGCUGGAGAACGUGCUUCCCGCGCAUGUGGCUGAACACUUCCUGGCCAGGAGCCUGAAGAACGAGGAGCUUUACCACCAGUCCUAUGAUUGUGUCUGUGUCAUGUUCGCUUCCAUUCCGGACUUCAAGGAAUUCUACACAGAAUCGGAUGUGAACAAGGAGGGCCUGGAAUGCCUUCGGCUCCUGAAUGAGAUCAUUGCUGACUUUGAUGAUCUGCUUUCCAAGCCAAAGUUCAGUGGUGUUGAAAAGAUCAAGACCAUCGGUAGCACAUACAUGGCAGCCACGGGUCUGAGUGCUGUACCAAGCCAGGAGCAUGCCCAGGAGCCUGAGCGUCAGUACAUGCACAUAGGCACCAUGGUGGAGUUUGCAUAUGCCCUAGUGGCAAAACUGGAUGCCAUCAAUAAACACUCCUUCAACGACUUCAAACUGCGAGUGGGUAUCAAUCAUGGACCUGUAAUAGCCGGUGUCAUAGGAGCUCAGAAGCCACAAUAUGACAUCUGGGGCAAUACUGUCAAUGUCGCCAGCAGGAUGGACAGCACUGGGGUCCUGGACAAAAUACAGGUGACUGAGGAGACAAGCGUCAUCCUGCAGACACUUGGCUACACAUGCACGUGUCGAGGCAUCAUCAAUGUGAAGGGGAAGGGGGACCUGAAGACGUACUUUGUAAACACAGAGAUGUCAAGGUCCCUUUCUCAGAGCAACUUGGCAUCCUGA